AUGUUAUCGAAUUACGAAAGAUUAGAGAAGCUUGGAGAAGGAACAUAUGGCGCAGUUUAUAAAGCACGCAAUAAAACAACAGGGGAAAUACUUGCAAUGAAAGUAAUUCAUCUCGAACAGGAAGAAGAAGGCAUUCCACCAACUUCAGUAAGAGAGAAUUCGAUUUUAAGUGAAUUAUCACAUCCAAAUGUUGUUUCUGUGAAGGAAGUAAUCAAUACUCCUUUCUCUUUAAUAUUAAUUAUGGAAUAUUUAGAUAAAGAUCUCAAGAAUUACUUAGCAACUCAGCAUGGGCCAAUCAAUCCUAUGCUCAUUAAGUCAUAUGCAUACCAAAUACUAGCCGGUCUUUCAUAUUGCCAUUGCCAAGGAAUCAUUCAUAGAGAUAUGAAGCCACAGAACUUGCUGUUGAACCGCGGCGGUUUCAUAAAACUAUGUGAUUUUGGCCUUGCAAGACCUAUUUCACUACCAAUGCGAGCUUAUACAAAAGAUGUAAUUACACUCUGGUAUCGAGCACCAGAAAUCCUUCUUGACGCUCCUGCUUAUGAUCUUUCUGUUGAUGUAUGGAGUGUAGGCUGCAUCAUUGCAGAAAUGAUGAAUAGAACUCCAUUAUUCCCCGGAGAUUCUGAAAUUGAUCAGUUAUAUACAAUAUUUAAAAUAUUAGGCACACCAACAGAAUCAGAAUGGCCAGGAGUUUCUCAAUUCCCUAACUACUCAGCAGAAUUUCCAAAAUGGCUGAAAUUAGAUCUUUCAGAAAAAAUCCAGACAAAUGACCAAUUAGCUCUUGAUUUGAUUUCAAAGAUGCUUCAGUAUGAUCCAGUCAAGAGAAUCACUGCUAAAGAUGCUCUUGACCACCCGUAUUUCGCUGAUCUCAGCCAACAAAUCAAAGAUACUUGUCGCCCAAUGGAAAUUGAUUCGAUUGAUGCAUAA